AUGGUAUUCAUGGUUGCCACCAUGUUAUAUAUCCUGGCAUUCCCUACACUCAUGAGCGCUAUGAGUGGUUACGACUCCAACGUUGUAUCUCGUGUCCAAGAUGGCGAUGAUAACCUUGUCCCUUUCGACAAGUAUGCGCGGGUCCUCUAUGUCAUUCACGAUGGCUGGAGAAUCGGAGAACAUGGCGAUUACUGGAUCAGGGAAAUGGCAACUCCAUAUGUCAAACAACAUGGACUUGGCGGAACCCGAAACGAAUCGUCGCAAUUUAUGGACACGCUCAUAGAAUCACCUGUCCUCAAUAUCACUGCGUACAAAAGCGAAGCUUAUCUCCUCGGGGGCCAAGACUCUCCUGAACUAUUAGACACAACUUGGUUGAAGGAGAACAAAACAUUCGAUCGCACGUACAUGGAGCUCUACGGCAAGUGCCAGAACACGGGGCUCAUCAUCAACAUGGUACUGCUGCUCGCAUGGACAGUUGGGAUCUAUAUCAUGUGGAUCUAUACACAUUUCACUAUUGCGUCCAACAAAGGCUACUUUGAAGAAGUCUCUGGAGAAUAUCGCGCAGUCCUCGAGUUGGCAGCAGCCAUGAGGAUUGAGCUCGAUGUUGAGGAUACUGAUCUCUCACUACUCAGGGAGAAGCAACUGAAAGAAAGGAUUGACAAAGAGAUACAGGGCGGCACCGUCUUCCGCGCAUAUCCCGACUCUACGCUGAAAGCUUAUAGUAUUCGGAACGGCCUCAAAAGUUGGUUCAAGAAGGACAAGUGGUGGUUCCUGGCUAUGUUGGGUACAAGUGUUCUUUGCCCGAUCGGAAUAGUGUACCUCUGGCACUGGCACUGGUUCUGGUUCUGGCUUCUCGGAGUUUGGCUUGGCCAAUUCUGGGCUUUCUGCUUAGGCACAACUUUGGGCAGUCGACUGCUCAUUAUUCUGGUUCACAGCCUUGUGGCUGGACUUACUGUAGCUGGUCUGACAACAUCGUACAGGUAG